AUUCCCGGGCCUGGCAGGCUUGUAGGGUGGCUCGCGCUGCUGCUUCUGCUGCUGCCUGUUUGCUGCGCGGUGGAGAGCGGAAGGUGCGGCUUGUGCAGGCGCAGCGCCUGUUGCCGGGGCCCCUCCAAAAUGUCUGAGCUUAGGCAGAGGCUCGGCCGGGAUGCUGACGGACAGCUCGACUCCGAGGAAAAGGAAUCGGAGUUAGAAAACAAGCUGGAUGGAGAAACUGUGUCUGACAGCGAAUGCAAGUCAGAAGUAGCCCAAGUGGCCCCAGUUGAUGAUACUCCAGAAGUUCUUAACAGGGCAUUGUCUAACUUGUCCUCAAGAUGGAAGAAUUGGUGGGUGAGAGGCAUCCUGACUUUGGCAAUGAUAGUCUUUUUUUUCAUCAUAAUCUACUUGGGACCGAUGGUGUUGAUGAUGAUUGUGAUGUGUGUACAGAUUAAAUGCUUCCAUGAGAUCAUCACGAUUGGUUACAAUGUCUACCACUCAUACGAGCUACCUUGGUUCAGAACGCUCAGUUGGUACUUCCUGCUCUGCGUGAAUUACUUCUUCUAUGGUGAGACAGUUACAGAUUAUUUUUUCACUCUGGUCCAGAGAGAGGAGCCCUUGAGGAUUCUCAGCAAAUACCACCGUUUCAUUUCCUUUGCCCUCUACUUAACAGGCUUCUGCAUGUUUGUCUUGAGUCUGGUCAAGAAGCAUUAUCGACUCCAAUUCUACAUGUUUGGUUGGACCCAUGUGACUUUGCUAAUUGUUGUUACCCAGUCGCACCUCAUCAUUCACAACCUGUUUGAAGGAAUGAUCUGGUUUAUUGUCCCAAUUUCAUGUGUCAUCUGCAAUGACAUCAUGGCCUACAUGUUUGGGUUCUUCUUUGGGCGCACUCCACUGAUUAAGCUUUCGCCAAAGAAGACCUGGGAAGGUUUUAUUGGAGGGUUCUUUGCUACUGUGGUUUUUGGCCUGCUACUGUCGUACGUGAUGUCUGGAUACAGAUGUUUUGUGUGUCCUGUGGAGUUCAACAAUGACACCAACAGCUUCACUGUGGACUGUGAACCUUCCGAGCUGUUCCAGUUACAAAAAUACAACAUUCCAACAGUGCUUCAGUCUGUCAUUGGCUGGAAAACAGUCCGGAUGUAUCCCUUCCAGAUCCACAGUAUUGCACUCUCUACUUUUGCAUCUCUUAUCGGUCCCUUUGGAGGUUUUUUUGCCAGUGGAUUUAAAAGAGCUUUCAAAAUCAAGGACUUUGCCAACACAAUCCCAGGGCAUGGUGGCAUCAUGGACCGGUUUGACUGUCAGUACCUGAUGGCAACUUUUGUAAAUGUGUAUAUUGCAAGUUUUAUCAGGGGUCCUAAUCCAAGCAAACUGAUCCAGCAGUUCCUGACCCUGCGUCCAGAUCAGCAGCUGCACAUCUUCAACACAUUAAAGGCACACCUUGUCGAUAAGGGCAUGCUGCCUGGUUCUGAAGACGCGUAGGCAGCUGUGCCAUCAGGAUAUGACUGAAAGUGGGCAAGAUCCCCCCUACCCAAGGAGAUCCCCUCUCAGCUUGCCUGAUUCAGGACAAUAACCAGGCCUCAUGUCUCUCAUUUUAUCCCUCCCCCAAUAUAAAAGGUUUGCAUUUCUGUAAUUUUUUAAAAAAUGUAUUUAUAUGGCUAUGGUUUCAAAGAAACAAAAUGGAACUUUUUAGCUGAGAAGGAACUGUGGCAUAGAAGGAGAAACCUGACCAUGUCUUAUGAAAGGUAUUCUCACAGCCCCUUGGAGUUGCAGGGUUGGGUUUUUUUAACCUUCCAGACAUGCAGGUUGGAAGUUUCAAGAUGCUGUCAUUCCCCCCACCCCCUUUGGGGAUGUGGGGAAUAGCAAAUGGGGCAGGAAGCAGAAUGAGCAAGGGGGGAAAUGUGCUGAACAGAGUCUCUGUAAUGCAGGCAGAUGAUGAGCCAGAGCCCCACGUUCACAUUUCACAUUCACUGUGCGACAAAUCUGGCACAUACUAUAGUUGAUAUGAAGGUUUCGUGAGGACUCUAGGAGCCUUGAUCAGUGUCCAGCUUGUACUGAAGUGAGCAUUUCUUUCCCUUUGUACCCUUCAUUGUAUAUUGGAGUGCCCAUGGGUCCUCGUUGGCAUGCAUUCUUGGUGGUGGUUUCCCCCCAGUUGCAUGAACGUGGUUUUCCCAUACGUAGAUGUCGCUUGGUAACUGGAAGGACUGCGCAGAGCUUCCCAGGCUCUGUGGUUCUAGCAAGAGAAGAAGCUGGGCUCAUUGCCACAGUCAGGCAGCCAAGACCCAGUCAGAUGGGAGAAUGACUCCCUGCUUGUGAUCUGACUGCACGUUACCAAAACAAGCAGGACUGCCAGGCGUAUUUUCUGCUGUCAUGGCGGCGUUGCUGCAUUUUGUGCAUCAGGGAAACUGUUGGCCACAAGGAGUUAAAACACAAUUGCUGCUGUGCCAUUUAAAAAAAAUCUCCAGAUUGGAGAGAGAACUUUGCAGAUCUUUACUUUUCUGAAUCCAGAGUAAACAAAUCGCUCUGGAAGGCAGCUGAAACAAAACCAAAUGAGUAUUUCCUUUGGGGCAGGAACAGGGGAAGGGUUAGAUUUUAAUUCAUAAAUUCUACUCAGUAGUUUUUAAAGACUCCUUUCAUUUUAGUGGAAUUGGGUAAGAAGAGUACAGAGUAUAAAACUAUAUUUAUACUGAAUCUCGCAUGAGACGUCAUUUCAUGGAAUAUUUCAGGGGGUCUGAGAAACAGAACCUUCAUUAUAGAUGUGGGUUCAUCCAGCCAAGGUUGUCACCAAUUUUUAGUUUUGAAGAACCACUUGCAUAGCAUCCUCUGGGGUUCUUCUAAUCUCUGUUGCAUGCUGCAUCAUGUGCUAUCUAAAGCUUGACUGAAACAUGAUGCUGGUGAGGCAAAAGAUCUUAAACCUGUGGGAUUUUGCAUUCACACAGACUGCCACAUAGCUAUCUUGCAUGGGUAACAGCCACAUUUAAAUGAUACACAUGCAAAGUCCCAUGGGUGAGUUCUUCUGCCUUCACCUGCAGCAUGUUUAAACCAGGCCUUUGUCAGAUAGGAAAGGGGUGUUUCAGUUUGGCUGUUGUAGCAUGGAAAUUCCUCUCCCAGCUGCAGCUGUUGAUCAUCUUGACUGCCACGGCUGUGGUGGUUUCUGGGCUUAAAGCCAGACACCUGAAAUCCUUGAAGUCGGAAGCCUGCCUUGUCAGGUUACACCACUUCUCCAGGCAUGUGUAUGCACAGCAAAUACUUAUAGCCCCAUAGGCCCAAUGGGCAGUAUAGCACAAGACACCAUUUCACCACAGGAGUGUGUUUGGUGUUAUCCGUGCUCAGUUGGUUUUUCUUUCUGUAUGUACCUUCAGUGCUUUGCCUUUUUCCAGCUUCUUCUAUGUCCUCUUCCCUUUCCCCCUUGCUAUUCAAGGGUAGGAAAAUCCACUCGUGAGAAGAGUGAUUUGGAUGGUGGAAACAGGCAGGCAAAGAGUUGAGCCCCGUCCCCAACUUAAUUCAAUAUUCCUGAUCUCCUCCAGCAAAGUUGGAGGCGCCAUUACAGGCAGUUGUACGGAGGGACACAAUCUCUUUCCCUGUGUGUUCUUGUCCAGUCUAUAGCUAUAGUUGUGACUUAGUAGAUUUCACGCUCUUGCAUAAGGGUAGCUUCUCAGCUCUGGGCUUAAAGACUACUGGAGUGUCCUUAGUCAUUGCGUUCCCUUUCUGCAAAUCUGAGCAAAUGUGUUCUUACAAUUUGAACUUAGCUAUAGCGCAGAAGCAGUGAACUGUGGAGCCCAAUAUAUUUCCUCUUCUGUACGCUGAUCUGCUUCUGUAUGUUGAAUUUGCUUUUAGAAACGCAUGAAUUUGUUUUAUAAAUAUUCAUUUAUGUUACAUCACUUUGAACAGACCAUUAAAAAUACUGAGAUCUCUUAAGAUUUCAAACAAGAUCUGUGGUUUAAACUGAGAGCACAGUUUGUAUUGAACUCUUGCAUCUGAAGCAGCCAGGACUUUAUGUAAAGGCACCACGUUUGCAUACUUUUACACAUUUGUACUGUCAUUUGUAGGUCUUACAGUAAGUUCAUGCAAUUAACAUCAUCUAAAGUAUUUUUCUGGAUGUGCACCACUUGAGACUACUGUGUGGGGCUUGCAAGCUUGAAUACUCAUUUUUGAGCUUUAAAACAUGCAGAAAAACAAAGUGUUGGGGAGAAUGGUUCUAGCUUAACCUUCUCCCUGAUACCCUACUUUUUUUUUGGUGUUCCUGUUAAUACAUAGGGGAGCAUCCAAAUGUGUGUUUUUUUUAAAAAAAAAAAUCCUUGCAGUCAUAAAUGGUACAGUCCAGAAUAUGCUUUACUCUUUGAUUUUGCUGAUUGCCUAAGCUGGGUCUCAGACCAAUUAGUGAUGAAGACUUUUCUCUCUGGAUUGAGUUAUGGAAAAAGGAACCGAAUCUUCCCUUCCGGUCCAGACUGUGCACAUUACAUUUCACUUCUCAAUGCUAGCUGGUUUUAUCACUGAACUUUAAUAAAAUGAAUGUCCACUGUACAUUGAGCUGUGUGUUGACACAGUUGCUUUCACAUACCAUGUGCUACCUGCCACAUCUGUCGUGGCUGUCCUGAGUGCCCGCCCCUCUCCACUACAGGAGCCACUAAACGCAAAGUGGGCCAAAGGGGCCAAAUAAUCAAGUAGUGUUGAUCAAAGAGCAGACAACACACAGGGAUAAUAAGGUGAAUGGGAGAUGAUCUGCAGUUGGAUUGCCUUGUUAGCAAACAGAGAUGGCUCCAGUUGGAAGCAUCCUUUUUGCAAAGCUUAUUUGAAAUGCCUUGGGCAUCACAAAUACUGAGGGACAUUUUGAGUACUGGGAACAUGAAAGCUUCUGCAUCUGGGGGGACAGAGACCAAAAAUACUUGGGUACUUUAAACUGGCCCUCAGCUAAGACCCAUUUUAUGAUCCAGAAAUGAGUGUGUGGUGUGUAUGGGCCACCAAUGAGCUAUGCAUUGCCCUAGAAGCUAGCAAGUUGCUUCCAAAGUGGCAUAUGUCAGCAAUGACUGUAGCCCAACAGAAUGUUUUGGCAUCGCUGUCAUUUGCUGCUGGCAACAGCUGGACAUCUUAUGUGGUUACUGGACACCAUAUUGGGCAAAGUUAAGGGCGGAUCAUUUCUUCAAGCUUCGAGCAGGUCCCCAUCCAAUGCAAUUUGAUUGGCAUUUUUGUGUUUACAGUUGAAUGCAGCCAUUUAAGGAACAGUCAAAGCCAAGCCAACAGGAUUUGCUCCACAGAGCUGCAGACAAGGGGAGAAGCUAUGCCCACCCAUACUCUUGCCAUACCAAGGUGCUGCCACUCAGGGAAGCAAUUACUAUCAUUUCAUGGUUUUUUUGGCAGCUUUUGAAACAAAGCUUCAAUUCAAAGGUAACAUUAGCCAUAAAAACAUAGCCCCAUGCUUCUGUGCAUUGAUGGCCAUACACAGACAUGUAUAGUCGAAGGCCAGCCAACAGCCUUAGAGUUCAGCUGAUCCUCAAGCUAUGAGGCUGCCAUGUUAGUAAAAUAGUAGUUGCUAUUGGAUUGCACCAUCUCAUAUUACUGCAGUGUAGCGUUUCAUCUGCUUCUGUUAGAUUUUCAGUCCCUGGAAUACACAUCUGUAUUACGAAUUAUGGGGCAGAGUUGGGAACUGCUGUCUAGAUUCUGGAACCCUGAAGGCAUAGGAGAGAGUUUAUAGGCUCAAGAUCACUGCCUCUGAAUAUGUAGCCAGUCCUCCUUGUUCAUGUGGUCAGGUUUGAUGCCAAGACGUUAAAAGAGAGCAGUUUUAAAUUCAGUCCCUUUUUUUAAAAAAAAGAAAAUGGUAUUUUAGUUCCUCCCUUGUGGCAGUUCUUAGAGGGUUAUGUGAUCAGGCAGCACUUUUAGAAGAGGGUUGUUGUAGUUGAACUUCGGAAGGUGUUUAGUACUGCAAUGCUAAUUGUGACCGCUGGAGGGGAGUGAUGAUUUCUCAGAAGAGUGCUCAAGGGAGGACAUUCUCUUUCCUGCCCAAACAGAAAGGAGUGGUUCUCACUGAGAUUUGUGUGCAAACUCCCGAGCUCUCUUGGUCCUUCGAACUGGCCAGAGAAUGGCAGGAAGCAAAAGGCUGUUAGUAGUCAGAAUGUGAUGGAACUGCUUGUCUCUCAGUUAAGACAUACAGGUGUAUUUGCUGGUGAACACCUUUAGGUUGCCUGGGUUGCAGACGAGUGAAUUAUUAUUCCCUGCUAACAAAACUGUAUUGGGGCUCUAACAUUGGCAUUCAUGUUUCAGGAUUGGAAUGCCCCACCCAGCUCAGACAUGUCUAAUUACUUGGUCAAAUUGGCUCCUCUCCUUGCCUCACGAAGGCACUUGGAACUGUAUUACAAGCCUGCGAGCCAGACUACAUGUGUGGGAGAUCACUGAUCUCCCGCAGUCUCUUGAAGACAAAUUGCAGCUGCGUAGGGUCCCAGUUUACAUCAAGGCUGAAAGGGGAGGAUGUGGUGGGGGUUAAGCCUUACAUCCCUGCAAGAUUUUGGUAACUGAAACCACAAGAUUUGCACUAUUGUUAGGGUUUUUUUUAAAAGGAAAAAAAGACAGGCACCCAUCUUUUCAUUGUGCAAAACUGUGCAGAGUGUGAAAGGGUUAAAGCCCUGUUCCCAUUUCUGCAUAGCCCCAAUACAAAUUAUGGCUUUACGCGGCUGUAAUUAAGUUUUAGAAGAUGCUGGAAAGAUCCAGGCAGGCUUUCCCAGUCUCACAUCUCUUUGCAGCCUGAGCCAUGUGACUUUUAGGCAUCUACCCACAGCUAGCUUGGUCAGCGACAGGAAUCUGUGCAGGGCUUACUUUAUUAGGAUGGACCUAGGCUCUGGAUUCACUUCAAGAGAGACCAUCUAUUGCCAGUGUUGGGUGAGGAGGAGAGACAUGACAUCCCCUUUGGAACUGGGCUGAAACUGUGUUCAUAUUUCUUUAAGCUAGUUAGUUAAAAAAAAAACCAGAGCAAUGGAUGUGGACUUGUGAGAACCAGCAGUGACAUUCUAGUAAGAUCUGCAGAGUUCGGUGAAUGGACUGCAGAUUCAAUUUUCUUCAUCCCCCAUCUUAAGGUUCUAUAACACAUUCACUGUUUCUCGCUCAGUUUGUAAAAGUGUGAGAUCUAAGAUGUUGGCUGCUUAACAGUAUAUGAGCUGGUGAAAGAGGGGGAUUGAGAUCUAGUACUUUGGAAUCUAGCCUGUUUAUUCCUGAAGCCCCCUUAUGCUAAUAGAAGCAACUGUUCCCAAAAUGAAUCUGAUUCCAAAUCCAAAAACUAGUUUGGAAAUACUUCUACAUUCCAUAACUGCCAUCUGGCUUUUGGUUAUUCAGAGCAGUCUCAUAGCCAUGUUUCAGACUUACACUUUUGGCUCCCCCAGAUAUCAUGUUGGCAGAGUGCCCCUGACUUCCUUUUGUUUGGAGGGGUGACGUAGCUUUGUAGAAACCACCUAGACGCAACAGCUUAAACUGACAAUGCUAGUUACUUGUCAGUGUGUCUGUGUCCAUAAGAACUCGUGAUGCCUCUAGUCCCCUCAGGAGCGCAGUGCUUUGUACUCCUGUGGCUCUUCCUCCCCUUGGUUACUGCUCUUCAGAUCAGAUGUAUUUGUUCUAUUCCUACCACUUGCUUAUUUCUCUGUGCAUUGUCUUUGGGUGGGGGCGGGGGGCGGGGUCAGUGUCAAUUUUGCAGACACUCAUAGACUUGCUCUUUUUUUGACUGUCAGAAUGUGAAAUAUUGUAUAAAAGUAUUUUACCCCUAUUUAUAUACUGUAUGUUACUGUUAAAUAAAACUGUAUCUAAAUUAA